CAAAAAUCACGGUGGACUCACCUAAGGAGAAAUCCUGGGAAAGGCUUUCGCCCGUAGCCAUUCGGUGCCCCCACUCCGUGCCUGCGCAUCAAGCGUUGUAUGCAGAGUGAGUAUCAAAUAACUCCCCGUUUACCUUGUUUGCUCGAAGAGCUUUUGCUUCUCGAGUCUCGACAGCUCAGCUUCAUGGAUGAAAGCGAUAUGGGUAAGAAGGCUGAACCCCAAUCCCACAAAGACCCUUCCAACCUUGAAAUAUAUCAGUUCUACCCUCAACCAUGUCGACCUCAGCACCCUUCUUUCCAUCUGCGGAAGGGAAGGGCAUUUCUUUCUUGGUUCUUCCCUGCAUGCCUUCAUCCUCAAAAAUCCGAUUUCUUCCAGCUUCCAAAACCAAACCAAUCAACAUGAUCAUCUCGUCGUUUGGAAUUCUCUGAUAUCUAUGUACUCCAAAUGCGGAGACUUAUCAUAUGCAAGGAAGGUGUUUGAUGAAAUGCCUUUGAAAGAUACUGUCUCUUGGAAUUCGAUGAUUUCGGGUUCCUUGUCCGCUGGAAAAUUCGAGGCGGGUUUUGCGCUUUUCAGACGAAUGCGUUGUUCGGAAAAUUUUCUAUUUGAUCGUGCAACGCUAACCAGCGUUUUAUCGGCUUGUAAUGGACCGCAGUUCCUUUAUGUGAUUAUGAUGAUGCAUUCGUUGGUGUUUAUAAAUGGAUUUGAGCGGGAAAUUUCUGUAGGAAAUGCUUUGGUCACUGGAUACUUCCGAUGUGGGUGCCUUGGCACUGCGAGAAGAGUAUUUGAUGAAAUGCCUGAAAGAAAUAUUGUUACCUGGACUGCCGUAAUUUCAGGUCAUGCGCAAGGUCAACUUUUCAAGGAGAGUCUGGCUUUGUUUUUUGAAAUGCGUCAUUGGAUGAUGGAUGCUAAUUCAUUGACGUACUCUAGCGCGCUUGUGGCUUGUUCUGGUUUGCAAGCUCUUAGAGAAGGUAGACUGAUUCAUGGGCUAGUUUUGAAGUCUGGGUUUGAAUCAGAUUCAUGUCUAGAAAGUGCUUUAAUGGACAUGUAUUCAAAGUGUAGUAACGUUGAAGAUGCGUGCACGAUUUUUAAGUCCUCCAGGGAACUGGACGGGGUUGCAAUGACCAUCAUGCUUGUGGGUUUGGCACAAAAUGGAUUGGAAGAAGAUGCUGUUGAGCUUUUUGUGUUGAUAAUGAAGGCGCGAUUUGAGAUUGAUGCGAACAUGGUUUCUGCUGUUCUUGGGGUGUUUGGUGUUAUUACGUCAUUGGCUCUUGGGAAGCAACUACACUCUUUGGUGAUCAAGAAGCGGUUUGGUUGUAAUCCAUUUGUGGCCAAUGGGCUUAUAAACAUGUAUUCGAAGUGUGGCGAAUUCAGGGAAUCUCUUAAAGUCUUCAAUCAGAUGGCUUGUAGGAAUUCAGUUUCAUGGAACUCUAUGAUUGCUGGCUUUGCUCGUCAUGGACAUGGGUUGGAAGUGCUUCGAUUGUAUGAAGAAAUGAAAUUAGAAGGCGUGGAGCCCACUGAUGUGACAUUCCUAUCGUUGCUACAUGCUUGUAGUCAUGUCGGCUCAAUCGAAAGGGGCAUGCAGCUGCUGGAGUCCAUGUCCAAGGUUCAUGGGGUUCGUCCUAGGAUGGAGCAUUAUGCUUGUGUGGUCGACAUGUUGGCCCGAGCAGGGUAUUUGGAAGAAGCAAGAGGCUUCAUAGAGAGGUUGCCGGUGGAGCCUGGUGUUUCUGUCUGGCAGGCGCUGCUUGGUGCUUGUAGCAUUUAUGGGAAUUCUGAAAUUGGGAGAUAUGCUUCUGAUCGCUUGAUUCAACUAGCACCCCAGUGCUCUGCAGCUUACGUUUUGAUGGCCAAUAUAUAUUCUUCUGAAGGGAGAUGGGCAGAGAGAGCUAGAGUUAUCAAGAAAAUGAAGGAGAAUGGGGUGAAGAAGGAAACAGGAAUGAGUUGGGUUGAGGUUGAGAAGAGGGUGCACAGCUUUGUUGUGGAGGAUACAUCUCAUCCACAAAUUGAUUUGAUUUAUGAGGUGUUGGAUGGGUUGAUUGCGGUUAUGAGAGAUGAAGGGUAUGUGCCUGAUAGGAGGUUUGUGCUCUAUGAUUUGGAUGUAAGAUAGCAAGGGAGUUUGUUGAGUUUGAGUUAAAGACCAUAGUUGGAGUAACAUGCAAAUGUCAUCGUCGGAACUCUCGGCAUUGCGUUGUGAAAGUGGAAAGGCUGCUAAUACAUCAAGCUCUUAGGUAAAGAUGAUGUUGCCUACCACUAUCCGAGCACCACAUGGAUCAAACUUCAUGAGAUCCACUCCGUACAUUAGGCUAAGAAGGGCAAAGAAGCUUCACUUCAUGAAACUCAAAUGUUGGAGUUUGGCAUUGAAACAAAGUAAGAGCGGCAAGAAGGAGCUCCUUGAAGUCUCAAUUCAGCAGUUGGAUAAAAAGAAUGCUAAUUAGGGCAGUUGAUCAUCAGAAGCACGGAACACCAAAAAGAACUUAGUGAUCCGUUAAUUGGGGACUGCUUGACGAUGACAUUCUGCUUAAAAAAGAAGGGGAUUGCAAUAUGGCAUUCUUCCACAGGAUUGCAAAUUGCAGAAAAAAGGGUGGACAACGGGCACUUCACCGAAGACCAGGCAGUAAUCAAAGGAGGAAGUAGACAAUUUCUACAAAGAAUCCAUACUUGAUCGAUCAAAGAAAUCAGCUUCGCCUUGAGGGCUGAUUUUCCAGUUAGUAUCUAGUUUUGAAGCUGUAGUAAGUUGAAGAAUAAAUCAUGUUGUUAUGAGUAUAGAAUCUGAUUUUGGACGUGCCACAGAUGCAUUGUUAGCAUGACUGGAAGCUCAAAUGAAAGCGGAAGUUGUCCGUUAGAACCGACCCAAUCUUAUGUAUGGCAUGAUGUAACUGGGUCCCAAGUGUGUCCAGUUCGAAGAAAUUCAUUUCAGAUAUCAAGAAAUUGUUGUUCAAAGUUUUGACUGUAAAAGAGCCAUAACUUUUGAUCCGGGCAUCGCCACGAAAUGCACAACCUAUCAAUUUUUAUGUAACAAUGGUUCUAGGGCCA